AUGUGUGAAGAUGAAUGGUCGGAUAUUGAAAAACGGUUUGAAAAAGAAGGCAUUGACUAUAGCCGUUUGAAGGCUGAUGAGAAAUUGAUUCAUGUUUGGAGAUGGUUAGUCGAUGCCGAUAUCAAUUUACAGAACGCAAGGAAAAUGAUUGAAAAAUUACGUUUAAAACAGAAUGAAGAGUUGGAGGAUAUGGAAAAUUACAUGGUUCAUAUACGAGUACUUGCUGAUAAACGAAUUGAUGAUAUGGAAAAAACUAUGUCCAUCUUUGCUGAGCAAGUUGCAAAACUUGAAUGUGAACUAAAUGGUUUAGAAUCGAUAGAUGGUGAUAAUGUCUGUGACAAGGUUUCAAAUUUGAUUCUUGGUUACACGUCUCUUGUGAAUGAAGUAAACAUAUUAAAACAAUUUAAAAGUUUUGAUGUAAAUGGAAUUUGUAAAGAAUCUGAUGACGUUUUAAUAAUUGAAAUGAUUAAAAUUUCGGCUGAAAAAGAAUCUUUAAAAAGACAAGUUAAAGAAUUGGAAGAUCGGAUUAGUGUUUAUGACAUGACUAAAACAGAAUAUAAUACUCAACUAAUAUCGAUGGAGCUAUCAGAAAAUUCAAACAAAAUUGAUGGGAAAGAUUCUUUAUUGGAUAAUUCAAUGUCUUGGAACAGAAAUAUAACAAAUGAUGAUACAUCGAGUAUAAGCAUCCAAUUAUUCAGUGAUAGAACGAAAUCUGCAAGCAAUAUUUGUAAUGAUUUUUUUAACUGUGCACAAGAGGAAAAGAGUGAUGAUCAGAAACAAAAUGUUAAUGAAAUAACAAGAACUUUUGGCCCAGAAUCAACACCACCAAGUCUAUUAUCUAGUGAAUUAGCGACUCCACGACAAAUUUCAACUAUUAUAACAGAUGGGAUGUUGAGUAACCAAUCAGAUGAACGAAAAAAAAUUAAAGUGGAAUUAGAUGCUCAAAAGACCUUGGUGUCAUCUCUUGGUGAAAAAUACAAUGCACUAGCACUUAGACAUUUGCAGUACAAAUCUAAAAGAAAAAUGCAAAUUGAAGCUUUAAAAGGUAAUUUGGAAGCCAGUCAGUGUCAAAUGGAAUCACUUAAAACACAAUUAAGUAUACAAAAACGCAGAUUAAAGACAGAAGAAGAGUUCCGCAAACAAGUAGAAACAGAUUACAGAUCUUUGCAAGAAGAAAAACGCAAUAUUGAUUUUAGAAUUGCAAUGUCAGAGAAUGAGCUGCGAAAUAUGGCAAGACACCUUAGCGUAUUGCAUAAAAAGGUGGCUAUGUUAGAGAGUGCUAACUCUGAUUUAUUAUCAAAGCAUUUACAACUUGUUUAUAAAAAUUCACGUAUACCAAAAAGCACUACAUGUGAUUGCAUUUUAACUACUAUGUCUGACGACAAAUAG